GUAAAAUAAAGGAGGCUUGGAUGAGAAGAUCUUUGAGGCCUCUGCCAUUGCUUAGAUUAGAAUGAAAGUCAGGGCAAAAACUCAAUUGCUACAAAGACCCUCCCAUCCCAAACACAGAGAGGAUGAGAGAACUAACUUUCACGUCAAUCCUUCAAUCCUCAAAUUUUCAAAAUCAUUGGAUUGCUUCUGACUGAACUUUCCACCUUCCCAAACCCUGAAAGACCCUUCCCAACUGCAUGAAAACUGUGCCAUUCCUUUCUUAUAUUGUUUCCAAAAGAACAAACCAACAACAGAGACUAGAAUACCUCGUCUUUGGUAGCCGAUCUCACCUUCUUCUUCUUCUUUUUCUUCUUCUUCUUCUUCUUCUUCCAGUUUGGCGUUGAGCAUGGCAACGAGGUCGGACUUUGCGCAGAAGCUGCUGAACGAUCUCCGGGCUCGGAAAGAACGGAUGGUUGCAGCUCAAAGCUCUGGCUACUCAUCCCGGGGGGCUGGAGGUAAGUAUAAACUUAUUAUCUAUGGAGCCUCUGCAAUCUGCAUUCAUGUUGAAAUUGGACUAGAAAUGUUAGAUCUCAAACCGCAAAAAUCUGGGAAAAAUGAUCACUUGACCAGGGUGGUGGAGAUGAAUGCAGCAGGUGUAUAUGGAAAGCCCUCACAAAAUUACAAAGGAUCUCGGCAAGUAAAAACACUAGAAUAUGCUGGUUCAAGACCAGCAAACCCGAAGAGAAGGUCAAGUUCUGGUACCAGAUCUCUCAACCUUGAAGAAUCUUCACAACAGCUCGUUCUUUAUGGAGGAGGCCGAAACUCAGGACAGACAAGAGAUCUAACCAUGGCUAUGGCUAUUGCCCUUGGAAAUAAAGGAAAGCUCACUAAAUUGGAGUCUAUGGGCAAUAGUCCAAUACUGAGUUUCCUGCAACAUAUUGGUAGCAGAUCAAUGGGCGCAGGGAAGAUGGAAAGAAGCAGAAGAUUUGAUAUGAACCUACCUUCAAGCCAAUUUCUGAAUCUCUCCAAUAUCCACAUAAAGGAAAUAUCAAAAGGAGCACAGAAAUUGAAUCAAAUCCUAACGGCCUGCUCCAAUGGCCUCAACUUCGAUAGGUAUUCGAUAGAAAUUGGGAGAGAACUGCUCAAAGGGGCUAUGGACUUGGAAGAGUCCCUGAGAAUGCUUGUGAACCUGCAGGAAGCUUCGGAAUACAUCGUCAGCCCUCAGAGAAAGAACCGCAUAAGAUUGCUCGAGGAGGCUGAAGAUGAUGAAGAUGGCACUGUCGUAAUGGCUGAACAGAAGCAAGUUGCCCGGCCAAAAUUCUCGUUUGAUAAGCCCUCAAGGAAUUCUCGUAGCAUCAAAGAGGUUAAAAAGGCUGAUCACAAGCAGAGUCUAAUGGCCCUAACGACUGAAGCUCCCACUUAUCCCAGAAAGGAAGCUCUAAAUAAUUUGAAUUUAGUGCCUCACAAGAGGUCAGCCAGCUGUGGCCCUGAUUUCAGAGCACUUGCUGGACUCUCAGAAACAAAGAAACAAACAAGUUUGUCACAAUCCCAGCCUGAGAAGGGGAGAAUCUCAAAUGUAAUUGCUAAACUAAUGGGACUGGAAGAACUACCACAAAAAGUCGAUUCAAAGAGUAUGCUGAAAGACUCAACUUCAAAGAAAAAAGAAGGUACUGUUUCAAAGAAGACCGCACAUGCAAGUACCAAGAAUGUGGAAACAAAGAUGAGAGAUACGACAGCUUUUAUAGCAAUUGAUAAACAAGUGAAACAAACCAACAAUUUACCUCUACAGGAUAUCCCAGUGACUCGAACUUCCAACUCUGAGUUAAAGGGUCCUGAUAGAAAGUUGCCCUCGAAGGACUUUGAGAGAUCAGAUAUAACAAAUAUAGUAUCAGGUUCAAGAAUGACAAGCAUUUCAAUGGAUAAAAAACCAAGCAACAUCAGCCAGUUGCAUCAAUAUACUCGAAGUCCAAAUAAUUUGCUUGAAAAGGUGAACAGACAAGAAAAUGCAAAGCACAAAGAAGAAGUAGGCAUAGAUAGAGAAGAAAGCAAGAAGAGAGUGCUAAAGGAUGACGUGCAGAAAUACAGAAAUCAUGAAGCUGCAAGCAUGUCAGGUGAGAAAUUGAUGGCAAUGAGGGUACACCGUCAAAAAGAAAUAGGAAAUGCAAAUAGGGUUCCCGUGAGCAAUCCCCAAAAGCUCCAGCAUGCUCAUGGAAUUAAUCAGGAGCAGGUCCACCAAAAAUCUGAGCCUCAAGAAGAAAGGCGUCAAGCAGAAAAGAGAGAGCAGCAACAUGAAAAACAAAAGUUGGUUAGAAAGCAAAAGGAAACCGAAGCAGAACUCAAGAAUCAAUCAAAACAGAUGCAUGAUGCUAUGAGUUCACAAAAGAAGCAGAAACACACGAACCAAGCUGUGCCCAAUAGAAAAGGUUCUAAAGAACUUACUGCUGAAAGGCCAUUAAAAGGACUGCCAAGUAGCAAGAGCCAAGAAAAUGCUGUUAGAAAUAGAAGUUCUACUGACUCAAAUGCCAAUACAAGAAAUUCAAUUACUGAAACCUCAGAUCAAAGUGCAUCCCUAAGAGAAAGAGGAUCUGAAACCGACAACAGACAAAGAAGAAUUCCAGUAGUUAAAGAAGAAAAGCAUGUCCAUGUCCCAGCCACAAGAAGAAAGGUAGAUGUAACAAAAGUCAAUACAAGUGAGACCACUCGUAGAAUAAAUGAAGUCGCAACAAAAAGAAAUGGAACUAGCCAUAACUCAGCAAGGCCACUGAAGUCUCAGGUUUCAGUAUUGCAAGAAAUCAAAAAGAGAAACCUAGCAAAGACCAGCAGCUCAGAAGGAUCAGAACAAAUGGCUGGCAGCAGGACCAAUGAAGCAGAAGUACAGAACACCAUGCUGAAAUUAUCAGAAACAAGCAAUACAAAGAUGGAUGGAGCACCAUCAUUGCAUAAAGAAGCUGAAAAGGCACUAACUUUGAAUGGUUCUGCAGAAGAUGAGCUGCAAAGCCCAGCCAUUACACAAAUUCCUACUCCAGAUGAAAGUCACCCCUCACUGUGUUUACUGGAAGCCAUGCAGAGCCCUGAAAUAGCUGUGGAGCUUUCUACAGUCCACAUUGGUGGCCAAGAGCUAGAACUUGUUUCAAGCAACAGGCAUGAACAGGAGAAUCAGAACACAAUAUCAACUCCACUUAAUGGGGCUGGUGGAGGAAACAAUAAAAUCUCUUUCCUUUCACAACAUGAGCAAAAGGAAAUUUCAACACCAAGCAUGCAAGAACAAUUGACAGAUAAUGAAACACACCUCAAGCAGAUUCUGAUCAAGAGCCAGAUAUUCCUUAACACAGCAGAUGCGCUAUUCAAACUCAACAUACCCAUCAGCAUUCUUCAUAUUACCAAUUACAGCAGUCAGGAAGAGGACAGCAAGCUUGUAUUAGACUGUGCCUAUGAAAUAAUGAAAAGAAAAGGAAGAAAACAGGAGCUUACUCUUCAUCCCUGCCAGAACAUAUCUAUCAUCUCUAUAAAGGUAAUAAUGUCUCUGAAUGACUUGGUGAAGGAAUUGAAUAGAGACAUUGAAAAGUUGAAAUUCUAUGGUUGGAAUGGGAGCAAUGAACAAGAUGCUGCAGAUUUCCUGCAUAAAAUGCUUGACAGAGAUAUCCACAAUAGAGAUCCUGAUGUGAACAGUAUGUGGGAAUUGGGUUGGAAUGAGAUGAUGUUUUGGAUUAUUGAAAAGGGCGAACUCAUAAGGGAGGUGGAGAAGCAUUUACUCAAUGGGCUGAUAGAUGAGGUGACAAAUGAUCUACUUCACUUGAGUGUUUUUGUUGAUUGACAAACAAAUGAAACAUCAAUUUGAGUGAAACUGGUUUUGUUACUAUUGUGUGUUGUAAAGCAACAUUCACCUAUCAUGUGUUGCAAAGCAAAUUUCACACUGUUGAAUGCAGUUUUGAAAAGAUUGAAUUAAAAA